AUGUAACAAUUAUUGAAACCUUCACUCAAUUUCGAUUUCUAAGAGGCCUUAUUUGAAGAUAACCCCAAAUUAACCUCAUAAAUCAAAGCCCAACAAAAGAAUGAUUUGCUCAAUCAAUCAUUCAAAAAUUAGGAUUAUAAAGGAAAUCACAAAAACAUAGUGAGACCGCGGAGUUCCUCAGGAUAUAGAUAAUCUUAAAAUAAUCAAAGUUUAAACCAAUACAUUAAAGCAGUUCGUUCUAAACAAGUUAAAUAAUACAAAAGUUCACCAUAACAUUAUUCUGCCAAACAAACGAUAUUUGAUAAGAAUAAAACCUUAGGAGUAGCCUCGAACAUGUAAUCUAAUAUGUAUUUUCCUUAUUAAUAUAACAUGCUGACUAAACAGUCUAAUUAUACUAGAUAACAACAAAUGGCCAAUAUUAACAAUAAAUAAUAAAGUUAAAAAUAAAAUUAAAAUAAUUUGUAAAAUGCAGCCAUUUUUGAUUGGGAUGAUGAUGAUGAUAUGGAUAAUCGUUUCUAUAUUUCUGGGAACACAGUAAAAAUUCAUAAAUCAUAUUAUGAGUCAAUCGAAAAAGCAAAUAUGCAAUAGUUUCUGUAGAAGUAGAAAAAAUCAAAUAUUAUCGAAAAUUCUAUAAAAUAAAACCAAGAUAUAUUAAAACAACAAUAAAGGGAAAUAUAAUAAAAGCUUGAUAAUAUUGAAUAAUUGCGGAUGACUUAAUUACUUUAGAAUAAUUUAGUUUUAUCUUAAGUUCCAAAUUAAAAUGAGGAAUAAUAUUAGAGUGACAAAUAAUAAAAGUAUACUCCAAAAAAUCCUAUUUAACUAAUUGAAAGUGAAAAUAAUUUUGAAUAUGGAUAUGAAGAAGAAAACUUUGAGAUCGAUGAAGAUAACAAAGUAUAAAAUAAGGAAUAAGAAUUUUCUAAAAUCUCGAAGCAAUAACUAUAAUAAGCUGAAUUUAAAUAGUCUUAGAAUAGAUUAGAUUAAGACAAUAAUAGCAAGAAAAAUAAAUCUAAUGAGAGUUUGAAUAAGACAUCUAAAAAAGUAAUUUAUAAGGCGAAAAAUGCUCAAGAAAGAAAAUAAGAAUUGAUGAAUAUGAGAUCUGACUUAGAAAAGUAUUUGUUGUCGAAUAACACACAAAUUUCUAAGAUGUUCCAAGAAUUGCAAGAAACUAAGGAGAAAGAGAGAGUUAUGAUUGAGGUUAGUACCAAGAGGUAAGAAGAAUUAUCUUAAGCAAAACUGACAUUAAGGUAACUAUAGGAAAAAUUCAGUAAAUAACAGCAGAUUAUUGAAGAAUUGAAUUAGAAAGAACAUUAUGCUAAUUAAAUCAUAUAGAAGUUGACUGAAAAUAAACAAAAGUAUAGCCAAUUGUGGGAGAAUUAAAUAGAGAAAUACAUGGCAUGCAAAGUGAUUGCUAGAUUUUUGAAGGGAAGGAGAGAUAGAAAAUUAUUUACAUAAUUAAAAAGACAAAGCUUUAUUAAUAGAUUAAAACAAUGA